AUGUCUAAUACAUCUACUAUCACCGCUCAACAAGAAAAAUUAUCAGCCAAGAAAGCGUAUCCUGUGAGGACAGUGGGUCCACAGAAUACGGCAAUGAAUAUGGAACAUCCCGAUGUUAUUCCCCAAUUCGAAGAUCUUCAAGAAAAGAGAAAAUGGGUGAAGCAGCAUAUGGCAUCUGCAUUCAGAGUCUUUGCGAGAUUUGGUUUCACUGAAGGCACUGCAGGUCAUAUUAGUGUUAGAGACCCAAUAGACCAACACACAUUUUGGAUUAAUCCUUUGGGAGCCCAUUUCGAUAUGAUCAAGGCUUCUGAUUUAGUUCGGGUGGAUUAUGACGGUAAUACUGUAGGUGGAAAUAAGGCAGCCAUCAACAGAGCUGGAUUUUCGAUUCAUUCAGCAUUGCACAAGUCUAGGCCAGAUGUCAAUGCUGCUUGUCAUUGCCAUACUACUUAUGGAAAAGCAUACUCCGCGUUUUGUCGGCCAUUGGAGAUGAUCAACCAAGAUGUUUGCACCUUUUUUAAUUCUCAUGGCAUUUAUGAUGAUUUUGGAGGAGUUGCUCUUGAAGGGGAAGAGGGAGAAGCUAUAGCAAAUGCUGUUGGAAAUGGGAAAGGGGCAAUUUUGAGAAACCAUGGCCUUAUUACUGUUGGGCAAACUGUGGAUGAAGCGGCAUAUCUUUUAAUGCUUAUGGAGAAAUCAUGCCAAAUUCAAAUGGCUGUAGACCAGUUUGCAGCGACGACUGGUUACCCUAAGGUUCUUGUGGGCGAUGAAGAAGCAUCCUAUACGCAAAAAGUACAGUCCGAUCCUGGCACUUUAUACACCGAGUUUCAGCCUGAAUAUAGAGCUGAAAUAAAAUACUCUGAUGGUGACUUUUUAGAUUAG